AUGGAGCAACCUCAGACGCUUCGUUCUCUAUUCACCGAUGCGAAACGGGAGAAAACCGCACUAGAAUCUCGCGCCGAUACCAACACCGACUCAUAUCGCAGCGAUGUCAACGCGACGAUAGCAAAGCUGGAGGAGUGCCAGCGACUGGUUGGGACGCUCUCCAUGUUUAGCUCGAACGAGUUGCUAGAGGACCUAUCUACAAGUGACCUACCAUACCUAACAGUCGACUACCUCAUCGCCGAGCUCCUACAACGAUCCUACAACGCGGACCGGGAGACUACAUUACAGCGAGUGCUCCGGCAUUUUGAAACGUACCUAGCACGUCUCGAUGAUUAUGCACUGCUCAAUCCCAAAGAUAAGAAGCUCUACGAACGAUACGUAGCGAACCCCGCCUCUUUCUCUCUGACACAAAUGAACGAUGCCGCAACACGCCGGGAUGUGAAGAUAACAAGGUUUAAGGAGGAGAAGGAACUUAAACAAAGACUCGAGUACCUCUCCGAGAACCAGCACCAGCUCCAAAAUGAUGAAGACGAUGUCCGGCAGCUUUACCUUGCGGAAAUAAACCUGUAUACCCACCAAGCUUUCCAGUCAUUGGACCUUCUAACGCAAGAGCUGUCCAUGCUGUCGAUGAUCCGGAAGAUGCCUCCGCGACCCGAACCAUCUGAUGAGAAUGACCAGAGGAGAAGGAACCGGGGCAAUGACGCAAAUUACUCAGAGCGCUUGGAUCCGCCAAUAUCCCAACUUCUGCAGGGCGGGAGAUUUGGACCGCUCUUGAGUAAAGAAGGAAAGCCUAUGCAGCCGUUCACUUUACUUGACCGGCGCACACAGCUCCGCGAUGGUGUUUUUCGAUCCGGGCAUAAUUUACCCACUAUGACCAUUGAUGAAUACAUAGAGGAAGAGCAUAGGCGGGGCAACGUGCUUAAGGGCGGAGAAGAGUCAGGCCGAAGGGAAGAAAUUGAUGAAGAUGAUUUGGAUAAGGCUGAUGAAGAGACAAUGAAAGCCAGGGAGUGGGACGAAUUCAAAGAAGCAAACCCUAGAGGUUCGGGCAAUACCUUGAAUAGAGGCUAA